AUGUUAUUUCACAAUACGAAGAACACUAGAAACUAUUGUAAAGCAGACUCUGAACUGGAGGCCAGAUGGGAAGUGAAAUGUUGGAAGACCAAAAAAAACAUAGGGAAGAUCAGUGGAACAAGAAUCAAAGACAUCAUAAUGGACAUAGACCAAACUGGAACAAGAAGCAAAGACAUCAUAAUGGACAUAGACCAAACUGGAACAAGAAGCAAAGACAGCAUGAUGGACAUAGACCCAAUUGGAACAAGAAACAAAAACAACAUGAUGGACAUAGACCAAACUGGAACAAGAAGCAAAGACAGCAUGAUGGACAUAGACCCAAUUGGAACAAGAAUCAAAGACAGCAUGAUGGACAUAGACCCAAUUGGAACAAGAAGCAAAGACAGCAUGAUGGACAUAGACCCAAUUGGAACAAGAAACAAAGACAGCAUGAUGGACAUAGACCCAAUUGGAACAAGAAUCAAAGACAGCAUGAUGGACAUAGACCCAAUUGGAACAAGAAGCAAAGACAGCAUGAUGGACAUAGACCCAAUUGGAACAAGAAGCAAAGACAGCAUGAUGGACAUAGACCCAAUUGGAACAAGAAUCAAAGACAGCAUGAUGGACAUAGACCCAAUUGGAACAAGAAGCAAAGACAGCAUGAUGGACAUAGACCCAAUUGGAACAAGAAGCAAAGACAGCAUGAUGGACAUAGACCCAAUUGGAACAAGAAGCAAAGACAGCAUGAUGGACAUAGACCCAAUUGGAACAAGAAUCAAAGACAUCAUAAUGGACAUAGACCAAACUGGAACAAGAAACAAAAACGACAUGAUGGACAUAGACCAAACUGGAACAAGAAACAAAAACGACAUGAUGGACAUAGACCAAACUGGAACAAGAAACAAAGACAGCAUGAUGGACAUAGACCCAAUUGGAACAAGAAACAAAGACAGCAUGAUGGACAUAGACCCAAUUGGAACAAGAAGCAAAGACAGCAUGAUGGACAUAGACCCAAUUGGAACAAGAAACAAAGACAGCAUGAUGGACAUAGACCCAAUUGGAACAAGAAGCAAAGACAGCAUGAUGGACAUAGACCAAACUGGAACAAGAAACAAAAACAACAUGAUGGACAUAGACCCAAUUGGAACUAGAAACAAAGACGACAUGAUGGACAUAGACCCAAUUGGACCAAUAAACAAAGACGACAUGAUGGACAUAGACCCAAUUGGAAUAAGAAACAAAGACGACAUAAUAGACAUAGACCUAAUUGCGGUAAGUUGA